AUGUCGAUACAUUCGCAGUACCCCUUCUCGCUGCCAUCCUACUGUUCGGGCCUGGACGAUGGAAGCUUCUGCCAGCGAGAGCUGAAGGAGGAGUCCCGAUCGUGGCGAUCCGAGAAAUAUGCGCCCGUCUCGAAUGUGAUGGUCCUGGAGCAUGACCAUGGCGUGGGGUCGGCCCGCUUUUGCGAUGAUGCAGAGAUGGAUCGACUAUUAGCUGCAGAACACCAUCCCCAGCUCCGAAUUGUUCUGCUGCAACCGACCCCCCAGGAGAGACUACUCCACACCAUCGACGACCCUGCGGUCCUGAAGGCACUGCUCACCAACGAACUCAUCAGCGAUCGGGUUGAUGAGCCCACGAACGAGAAGACUCUCGAUCAGAGUGAGGACGGCGUGCCGUCGCAGCUUAACAUCACACGCAGCUGCCUUUUGAAGAUCCUGACGCGAUAUGACAUCGCGCCCGCCGCAGCCUCCCACAUCCGUGGCCAGGAACAGAUCUUCGGCUCGCGACAGCAGCGCGAUGAGGAAGGAAAGAUGCGCUCCUUCGAAUUCUGGUACGCAAUCCGAGCCCGGGCCUACGUGCGACGAUUAGGCAAGGAAGCCGAUCUCAAGAUGACAAUCGUGACGCGAUACGACGCGCGAUCGCAGUCGACGCUCGUCCUGCUGAAGUACCGAUCCUUCAACGACCUGCCGCAGCGCCUGCACGAGGAGUUGGUGGAGAACCUGCAGGCCUUCGUCCGGGAGCCCACGACGGCCGCGCUCGUGAAGAAUCCCUUCAUCACCUCGGUGAUGCACUUCAACCCGACCAUUCAGUACUUCCGACGGGCCGCCCGGGAGCCGCGGGAUACGAUCCGCGACGAGGAGGCGAGGGUGCACGGGGGCAUGGACGAGUUCGCCCGCAUCGACCUGCACAAGCUCCAUCUCACCCUGACCAGCCUCGACCAGGAUAAGAUCCAGAUGAGCUUUAUUCUGGGCGUGAUUGCGCGGCUGCGCAUCCAGCACGAGACCUUCCAGACCCUCGUCGAAGGCAAGGCGGGCGUCCCCGAGCGCGUCUGGCUGUAUUUCCGCAUGGAGGAGGAAUUCGAUCGCUUCGAGAAUCAGAUCGCCUACUUCAAGUCGUCGGUGGAGGAUGUUGCGAGGCGGGUGGAGCGGCUGCUUGAAUUGCUGUUCAACAUGAGCUCGCGGAUCAACACUCAAUCCAGCACGAAGAUGACCAAAUAUGCCAUGCAUGAGAGCGCCUCGAUGAGCACCAUCUCGGUGGUGACCAUGCUCUUCCUCCCUGGAACCUUCAUUGCCGUAGGUGCCCUAUCUGCAGGCUCGACGGUGAAAACUAGGGCUAACAGGCACACACACACCCCCAGACCAUACUAG